AUGAUACCAGCAAUAGUUGUGACUGGCUUCAUCUCGACAGGAAAGUCAACAUUGGUUCAUCAAUUGUUACAGGAUAAAAGUAGGAGAUACGCAUUUGUAUUCGAUCAUGAUGUAUUGCCAGAUAAUAUAUUGUUGGGAUUCCCCGAGGGAAAGCUACUUAGAAAGGACGUGUCUGUCGCUGUGAAUGGAGAACAGAGCAUCUGCUGCACAUUGGACGAGGAGAACAUCGAGUCUGCCAUCCUCAGUCGUGCCGACAAGAUCACUGGCGCACUACCCUUUGACAACAUGGUCUUUGUCAGCAACUCAUUCGAGUCAAGCUUCUUGGCCGAGUUGCUAUCAUGCAUUGACGAAGGUGCACUGUCUAAAUUGGCUUGUAAAAUCAACUUGUUAAACAUCGUUUGUUUGUUGGACUGCGCAUCGACUAUUGUGAACUUGAAGUCGACACAACUGCUCAAGGACAGGUUCACCAAGGAGUUUGAGGAGGUCAGCGUCGUCGUCACACAGGACCCAACAGAUAAGGUCGUCCAUAUGCCACCACCUCAGAUGGCUCAGUCAUUGGUCGUGCCACUCACACAGGCACAGUUGGCCGCUAGCGCGGGUGCCGGCGGUCUCUCGGGCUCGAUGGGUCUGAGCGGUUCACGCAAGAAGACAGUAUGCUGUCCAUAUCAAGGCGAGCCAAACUGUUGCCAAAACAAGAAGAAAGAGGAAGAGCAACAGAAGCGCUCAGAGCAGAUCACUGCAAGCGCCGAUCUCGAGAACCUCGUCAAGAAGGGUGACAAGCCAGUGUGCACUCUAGUGAUGGAGCAGCUGACAUGCGCAUCCAUCGUCCUUCUGAACAAGAGCGACUUGGUCGAGGAGGAGGAGGUACAGUUCUUGGACAGUCUCGUACAUUUGGUCAACAGCAAUGUCAGAACGAUCAAGACAGAGCUGUCCAAUGUGAAGGCUGCCGAUUUGUUUGUGGAGCCAACGGCCGUGGUCAAGAACUACCAGCCGAUCAAACAGAAGAUGUCCAGCGUCUUCAUUACACACUUUUACCAACGCGUUCCAUUCCACCCCGAGCGUCUGUUCCACUUCUUCUACGAGGACGCCGAUGCCAAGCGUCUCAACCGCAAGAUGUUCAGAAAGAUCGUCUUUUUGAACGGACGUCUCUGGCUCGCCUCCGACAUGGCCAACAACUAUUCAUUCGAAGUCAGUCCAGGCUUUGACCUCUUCACCGUCGGUUAUCCAUUCUAUUCAACAAUAAGCCAGAGUCAAUGGCCAGAUGAUCCAGCAAUCAAAGAGAGCAUCGAGAGGGACAUCAAACUGUUUAAGUAUCAGGAUAGGAAGACAGAGAUAUCGAUCGUGGGCAUUGAGGAGAAGCCAUUCACCGAGCAGGUCUUCAUUGAUAAGCUGACAUCAUGUCUGCUGACCGAGGCCGAAUUGGAGUUGGGUCCAAACGAAUGGCAAUCAAUGCGCAAUCCAUUCCUUGAUAUCCUACCAGUUGAAGAUGAUGCUUCCGAUGAUGAAGACAAUUAA